UUUUAGAUUUUUCAUUUUUGUUUGUGUGGUUUGCUCUGUUUUUCGAGUACUAAAAAGAGGCGUGUUGCUGGAGUUUUAUCAGAAACAAUCUUCGCCGCAGAAGUAAGACAGGAGGGCCGAUGAAGAACCUUAGCCUCCUGCAGAGGAUGACCGCCUUAUCGCUAUUAUCUUCUCGUUUUCCCCUCACGCUUGCUUCGAAAUCCACUCUCUGUUCCCUCACCAAACGCCACCAAAUCGGGAAUACCCUUUUUAUAUUACACCACUCAAGCUCCGCCGCAACGAAGGCAAGCUAUUUCAGGCGUAUCUCCACAAUUUCAUCCGCCGUCGCCGCCGGUGCUUCCGAAACAGACUCCGCCGCAGGCCAUGUGGGUCGUCCUGCUGAUGCCCAAAGUAAUGCCCCGAUGGAGAGAGUCGUCCUGCCUACUAAUGAGUCCUCUGAGAGUCUUCUCAGAAUUCGCCACACGUGUGCUCAUGUGAUGGCCAUGGCUGUUCAAAAGAUUUAUCCGAAUUCAAAAGUAACUAUUGGGCCUUGGAUAGAGAAUGGGUUUUAUUAUGAUUUUGAUAUGGAGCCUUUGACUAAUAGUGACCUCAAGAGGAUUAAGCAGGAGAUGGAUUGUAUUAUCAGGAGAAAUUUGCCCCUAAUUAGGGAAGAAGUGAGCAAAGAUGAAGCCGAGGAAAGAAUAAUGGCUAUAAAUGAACCUUACAAGCUGGAGAUCUUGAACAGUAUCAAGGAUGAUCCUGUAACAAUUUAUCAUAUAGGUGAUGAAUGGUGGGAUCUUUGUGCUGGGCCUCAUGUUGAAUCUACUGGAAAUAUUGACAGGAAUGCUGUUGAGCUUGAAUCUGUAGCUGGUGCUUACUGGAGAGGAGAUGUGAGUAAGCCAAUGCUCCAGAGGAUUUAUGGUACAGCAUGGGAGACUGAAGAGCAAUUAAAAGCAUAUAUUCACUUCAAAGAGGAAGCUAAGCAAAGGGAUCACCGCCGACUAGGCCAAGAACUAGAUCUCUUCUCCAUUCAGGAUGAAGCUGGUGGAGGUCUAGUAUUCUGGCAUCCCAAUGGGGCUAUUGUGAGACACAUAAUAGAAGAUGCCUGGAAGAAGAUUCAUAUAGAACAUGGGUAUGAUUUGCUAUAUACUCCUCAUGUAGCAAAAGCAGAUCUUUGGAAGACAAGUGGCCAUCUUGAUUUCUACAAAGAGAAUAUGUUUGAUCAAAUGGAGAUUGAGACCGAGAUUUAUCAGCUUCGACCAAUGAAUUGUCCCUACCAUAUAUUGGUUUACAAAAGGAAGCCACACUCAUUUCGGGAUUUCCCAAUCAGGCUUGCAGAGCUAGGAACAGUGUACAGAUAUGAGUUGUCUGGGAGCUUACAUGGCCUGUUUCGUGUCAGGGGCUUUACCCAGGAUGAUGCCCACAUAUUUUGCUUAGAGGAUCAAGUGAAAGAUGAAAUCCUGGGUGUACUAGACCUUACAGAAGAAAUAUUGCAAUGGUUUGGUUUUGGGAAUUAUGAGGUCAACCUUUCAACAAGGCCUGAGAAAGCUGUGGGAAAUGAUGAUAGAUGGGAAAAAGCAACUUCUGCACUUCAGGAUGCUUUGAACGACAAAAGGUGGAACUAUCAGAUAGAUGAGGGAGGUGGGGCCUUUUAUGGUCCUAAGAUUGAUCUUAAAAUUGAGGAUGCUCUCGGAAGGAAGUGGCAAUGCUCAACCAUACAGGCAAAUUGUUUACUGUUUCCAUAAUACGAAGUAAUUGAAUAUCAUCUUGAAAACAUAGUUUGAAAAAGAGCAUUCCUGAUAAGCUUGAGUUUUGCAAUGAGGUGGCGAAGAGACUAAAGGCAAGUGGCAUCCGUGCUGAGGUUUGCAGCGGUGAGCGUUUGUCAAAACUGAUAAGAAAUGCAGAGAAGCAGAAGAUUCCAUUGAUGGCUGUGAUUGGCCCGAAAGAAGUAGAAACCAAAACUGUGACCGUUAGAUCCAGAUUUGGUGGUGAAUUGGGGACCAUGCCGGUUGACACUUUCAUUAGUAAAGCUACUGAUGCAAUUGAACGCAGAAUAUUCCUUUGAAGUGUAUCCUUUUCUUCUUUUUUACCUGUUAGCGUUGUUGUCUAGCAAAGUUUCAUUUCAUCAGGCUAUUGCCCAUUAUGCAAUAACUUCAGUAUUUAGCUUUUAGCAUUUUGAAAAGGUGAUCAAUGGCAACACUUAGCUUUAUUGAUUUCAAAGUUAAUCUAUAGCAUUGGAAAAUUAUCCAAAAUGCUAAUGUUAAUUAGAAAUGAUGUUCCUAAAGAAGGCCUAAAGAAAUAUAAGGUCCAACAAGAACUCAUGAUGGCAAUUGAGUUGCCAU